AUGUCUAGCGGCAGCUGUCUGAGACGCGUCUACUCUUCCUCGCAGCUUUACGGAGGAUUUCCCAGAAAGUCCCCCGCAAUUCCAUGGAGUGCAGAGCCUUUCUCCGAAUCCUCUGCUUUCUGGCCGGAUGAUCCUUCUGGCGACAGUUUGGCCCCCCUCUUGCAGCGCCAGUUUCAGAAGCACUCCACCCGAAAUCAAGCCCCGGUGACCAAAGUGGGCAUGUUCGACAGCGGCCUCGGUGGGAUGACGGUGUACAAACGCUUAAGGCAGGACUUUCCUACGGAAGUCUCCUUCGUCGCGGAUGAUGGACGUGCACCAUACGGACCACAACCGCCCGCAGAUGUCGCAGACGCCUCUCGCGAAGUGCUUCGGUUUCUGAAGGGCGCCUUGAUUGCAUGCAACACGGCUUCCAUCGCGACCAUCGCUUACAAUGUCGCCGAUGAGGAGGAGUUCGCCCAGCUGCCCAUCCUACCGAUUGUUCCGCCCUACGGAUCCUUCUUCACUGCGCUAGGACACUUGGGCAGUUGCCGGAAAGUCGGGAUUUUUGCUACGGACGCAACUUGCAGCUCUCAAGCUUACCAGAGGAAGAUCCUGAGUGCGGCCGGCUUCUCCAUCGUGCCGAACAGGGUGGACACAGAGGCCUUUCCUCUGCAAGCCGCGACCACGAACUGUAUCGGCUGCGCGGAGUGCGUGAAGGCUGUUCAGCGCGAGGCCCCCUUCGACAAGGAGGCCACUUGGGAGCAGGACACGGAGGCGAUGCUUCGGCGUAAGUUUGCUUCGUACUUCCUGGACGGCGUGCCCGUGAUUAAUUUCCUGAUCUUCGGGUGCACCCAUUUCCCGAUCCUGGAGCCGCUGGUGCGGAAGGUCUUCGGCGAGGGCGUCGCGCUGAUAGAUCCGGCUGUGUACCAGGUGAAGCUGGCAGCAGAAUUGGGGAUCUCCUCGUCCAGGAAGGGUGAGGAGUUCUCCGUCUCUGCUGCUCCGCACUCCUCCAAGCUGGCCACCUUCCGCAACGCAGCGCGUGCCAUCGAGCUGAACUACUUGGACCUCAGGAAGCCCCAGAACUGGACUGUGGUGCCUUUGAGCAACAUGGGAGGUCGACGAUUGGACAUCCUUGUGUGA